AUGCCUCUCUUCAUAAACCGGGACCAAAUAUUUGCUCAUCAGGUGCAUCUGCUGGAGCACAAACUGAGGAGUAAAGAGGAGCGCAUACUUGAGUUGGAGACUGAGAAUGCCAUUCUUCAUCUGAGGCUUGCCGAGUGCCUAAGGAGACUGGCUCAGGACCACAAGGACGAGAUCAUGGCCCAGAAGCAACGGCAGCAGCAGAGGAAUAGACAGAAGAUUACUCAGUCAGCUCUAGCUAACCUCCUGUCUGAAGUCCAGACGCUGAACCAGGAUCUGAAGGAGGUUUUUGCCAUAUACACGGGCUUUUCCACUGAGCUGGAGGACCAGAGCAAACUGCUCCUGAAGAAGGUGGAUGAAGUCGGUUUCGCCCUGAAGGAUCAACAUGGAGACAACAUGCAGAGUCUGCGGGCUGGCAUGGAGGCUCUGGAGCGAUCCCUGGAGGAGGAGAAGGAGAGGUGCAGAGUGGAGAGGCAGCGGAGGAGAGAACUUCACAACACGCUGGUGGAGUUGAGAGGGAACAUAAGGGUUCACUGCAGGGUGCGGCCAGUGUUGCCUCUCGACCAAAUCCAGUCGUCAACAUCUGCAACAGGGAGUGUCUCGUCAGAGGAAGUGGUUCAUGCAGUCAGUGAUGACACGAUGCUGGUGAAUAGUACGAAGACUGGAAUCCCUUUUCUAAACAAGAUGUUUGAGUUUGAGAGGGUGCAUGGACCAAAGGACUCCCAGGAUGAAGUGUUUGAGGAAGUCAAGCCCCUCCUGACAUCUCUGCUGGACGGUUAUAACGUGUGCAUCAUGGCGUAUGGGCAGACAGGCAGUGGGAAGACCCACACUAUGAUGGGCUCCCAGCAGGCGGAGGAGUCCUCAGGAGCCCAGCGGGGCAUCAUCCCCAAAGCUGCUGCUGAACUCUUCAGGCUGAUCUCUGAGAAGCCAUCUGAGAGCCACACGGUGGAGGUGUCAGUGGUGGAGGUGUAUAACAACGAAGUGUUUGACCUGCUGGCCAGAGACGAGGAGGGCAACGCCGAGGGUCAGCGCAGGGACGUCAUCACCACCUCCUCUGGCACCAGCCAGGUCACCCACCUCGUAUAUGAGCCUGUGAGCAGCUCUUCCGAGGUGAUGCAGGUGAUCAACAGCGUUCUGAAGCUCAGGGCCCACUGUCCCACCCUGGUCCACACCGACUCCUCGCGCUCCCACCUCAUUGUCACCCUGACCAUCUCCUCCAAGAGCCCAAACCCGCUGGACCUGGCCCGCAGGCUGCAGAGUGCCAAGAAGGACAUGCAGCGCUCCCCCCAGAACCAGUGGUGGAGUCCCCGCUGUCGCCGUGCCAACGCUACCGCCCGCCGCACAUCUGACGAGCUCUUCGCUAGCUCCGCCUCAUCCCCUGGCCUCUCUCCGCUGCACUCGCCCUGCCUCUCUCCGAGGCACAGCAUCUCCCAGACCCCCUUCAAGACCAAGCUACAGCUGGUGGACCUGGCGGGAAGUGAGUGUGUAGGUAUGUCAGGUGUUACCGGCCCCGCCCUGUGGGAGUCGUCCUGUAUAAAUCGUAGUCUGUCCGCUCUCUCCGACGUGCUGGGGGCCUUGGCAGAACAGAGGCCACACGUCCCUUACAGGAAUAGCAAGCUUACACACCUGCUGCAGGACGCCAUUGGGGGCGAUGCCAAGCUGCUGGUGAUGCUAUGCGUCUCUCCCACCCAACGCUUCAUCACCGAGUCUCUGCAGACGCUGGGCUUUGGGUCGCGAGCCCGCCAGGUCCAAAAGAAUAUAACCGGAAGGAGGAGUAACACCCUUAAAAUAAAGUGA